CCCGCCGUCCACAUGGCCCCACGCCGGGCCUGCUCAUGGCCUGCAGCGCCGAGGCGCCGGCGUGAAACCCAAGCUGAGAUGACAUCAAUCAUUCAUGGACUGCUCUCCGGGAAACCCUAACCCCGGCCCAGGAGGCCGAGUGACCAGCCAGGCCCCCUGCUCCCCGAAAUCCCCUCCCCCAGGUCCCCUCUAGCUCAGGACUGGCUCUGGGUCCCCAAGGGGUCACCUCCUCUGAUGUCAACGCUCUGCCCCUUGAUCUGGCAUCCAGGGCCUCUGUGCCCUGGCCUCUCUUCCAGCCAGAUGUUGCCCCCCGAGGGGCUGCUCAGGUGGGCAAUGCCUUCCUCCUGCCAGCUCCGGCCCCCACUCCUCCCGCCUGAGAUGACCUCCGAUGCUCUGCCUAGCUGAGUCUUGUCCACAUCACACAACGGGGUCGCAUCCUUGACUCUUCGGGAAUACCGACCCCAUAUUAUAGAGGAGGCAGUGGAGGCUUUAGAGAGGCCAGUCUGCUGGGUCUCCCAGCUCAGCUGGCAGAGCUGGAAUCCGAACUGAAGACAGGUCUCUUGCCCCAUCUGGCUGGCCCUGGCCACCCCCAGGUAGAGGACAUGGAUUAGGGCCUGGGCUGCCAGCCUCACUUACCCUAAUCCCACUCGGGGCCUGACCUCAGGCCACCAGCUCUCACGGUGGGGGUGCAUAAGCAGCUUUGUGGGCCCCGAGGGCCAACAACACUCCGUGGUGCUGUCUGUCUCUGAGUCCCAUCGACCCCUCCACAUGGCCACAGAGCAGACAAGGGGGCUGCAUGGCUCAGGCCUGGCCCUUGGCCCCCAGGAGCCCCCCGUGGGGCUUGUGGCUCCCAAGAGUGGUGAGGGGCUCCCCUUGACCAGGAGGAGGAGCAAGGAGGAGAAGGGGCUACGAGGAUCCUGGAAGGGCACUGGCAGCUCUGGGGUACAGACCCCUAGUCAGGGCCCCCAAGCCCCAGGGAGCGGCAAGAACGUAUCUAGGACCAGAGAAGGGCAGGGGGGGUCAGCCUCUGUAGCCCAGGGGCCGGCCUCUCGCCACCAGUCCCCCCGCCGGCAUUGUCCCGGACCCCGGCUCGAUGCUGCUCAGAAGACCUACGGGCCCCUUCUCAGCCGCGUCUUCGGGAAGGAUCGCGCGCUGGGCCCCGGGGAGCUGCAUGAGCUGCAGGCCGCCUUCCAGGAGUUUGACACUGACGGUGACGGCUACAUCGGCCACCGGGAGCUGGGCGCCUGCAUGCGCACGCUGGGCUACAUGCCCACCGAGAUGGAGCUCCUCGAGGUCUCCCAGCACGUCAAGAUGCGAAUGGGUGGCUGCGUGGACUUCGAGGAAUUUGUGGAAUUGAUAGGCCCAAAGCUGAAGGAGGAGACGGCACACAUGUUGGGGGUUCGGGAACUGCGCAUCGCCUUCCGAGAGUUCGACAGGGACAGGGACGGACGAAUCACAGGGGCAGAGCUUCGGCAGGCGGCACCCGCUCUGCUGGGGGAGCCGCUGGUGAGCCCUGAGCUGGACGAGAUGCUCCGAGAUGUGGACCUCAAUGGGGACGGCUCUGUGGACUUUGAUGAGUUUGUGAUGAUGCUUUCCACUCACUGAGGCUUCAGGAGGGGGAUGAGCUGUCCUUUGGCCCCAGAUUCCAGCAGGGACCUGCCGUAACCCUCCCCACAAGACUCCUGAUGCAAGACCCUGGAGCCCCCAGGCUUCUGCCCCCGAUGAUACCUGACCAGAGGGUCCUCUCCCUCCUGAUGUCACCUGCCCAUGCCAUCUCACCUGCCUCCCACCGAACUGCCUGGAGGGAAAUUGAAAGAAGAAAGGGGUGAGCCCGGGUGCCAGAGAUGGAGAGAAAACGCAAAGGUGGUGGUGGCAGGGAGCGAACACCAUGGGGGCUUCAGACCCAGAGAGCUCUAGGGCCCUGGGCCGUGGAACCCAGGAGUGAUGAUGCUGUGAGGCCCAAAGAGGCUGGGGAGUGAGCACGGCCCUGACCGUGUUCAGGGACUCAAAGGGUCAAGCUGUUCUUGAAAGGGUGACUCCAGUGCAUUUCCACUUACCAGCCUGAGACGGGCACAGAUGCUGAGGCCCGCACACCAAGCCUGAGUGUGGUCCAUCUCCAUGGUGAGAAGAACUGAAGUAACUGGAAAAACUCCUGGGGCACUGUCUCAGCCCCAGGCACACAGGACAUGCAACCUGUCACUUCUGAGGAUGAGUUGACGACAAAAAGUGAUAAAUCACGUAAGGAAACAAAUCAUCCUAGGGAGACCAGGCAGAUGCAACAAACAAAAGUAGAGAUAGUAAAAUAAUCUAAAAGAGACCCUAAAAUAGAUGCAAACACUUCUUGAGAUAAAAGAAGGAAGAGAAACCAAUAGUUACGAGAUGGUAUAAAAAUAAAAGAGGAAGAUUAAAAAUAGGAUGAAAAAAUCAACAAUUGGUUAAACAGCAUAUUAGACACCAUUAAAGAGUCCCGAACUAAAAGCUCCCUCUGUGAGAUCACUCAGUAACGCUGAGUGAAAGUGGGAAAUAAAAAGGGAGUUGACAUUCCUCAGGUGUCUCAGGAGAAAAUACAGAGAAUGGGCAUGUGGCAAUGUUCAAAGAGAUGAUGGCUGAAUAUUUUCCAUAAAUAUGUCUACAAAGAUGGGCGCGCAACUGGAGGAUGCAUAUUAGAACCAGAGCAGGAGAAAUAAAAAUAAAUGUAUAUCUCGAUGCAUCCCAAUGACACAGAUGGCAAAAAGAAAAUCUUACAAACAGGGCCUCCCCGGUGGCGCAGCGGUUGAGCGCUGGGUUGCGAAGCUGCCCGCGGCCUCGGAGGCGCCGGUUCGAUCCCCGGCUGCUCCCCGGCCACCGGAGGAGGGUCCCACAUGGCGCG